CCUGUUUAGAGCGGUUGAUUGACUCGGCUUGAUAGCUUGCCGCCUGCGCGAUUUCCUGGAGAUUUUCGCGCCUCAUCUAUUUUAUGUUUUACAUUGCAUGUGACAUUUCAAUAUGGGUGCAUAUUUAUCAGAACCGGUUACUGAAAAAGUUUCCAGCGAUGAAUCAAACAGUAAACUUGAGUGCGGGGCAAGCUCCAUGCAGGGAUGGCGUGUCAAUCAGGAGGAUGCACACAAUACAGUGUUAGAUUUUGAUGAACAUACAUCUCUGUUCGCUGUAUACGAUGGCCACGGGGGCGCAGAAGUGGCAACUUAUUGCUCCAAGAAUCUCCCGGACUAUAUUAAAAAUACUGAGGCAUACAAAAAUGGGGACAUGAUAAAGGCACUGGAAGAUGCAUUCUUGGGAUUUGAUGCCAACAUUGCUACCAAAGAGGUUAUGGCUGUGUUGAAGGAAUUAGCAGGUGAAAUCAAUCCACCAGGACCCAGUGAUAAUGAGGAAUCCGAAGACGAAAAUGUUAGCAACUUAUACCAAGAAGCACAUCUUCCUCUCCAGGAAGUGCUAGCUAAAUACGAGAACAAGCUGAGCUCCCUGCACCGCGCCCGGCUCGGCGACACCGCCACGCCGCUCUCCCCGUGUCUACGGGCUAAGAAGAACCCCGACGAGGCUGGAGGAUCAGGUCUCGGAGCAUCGAGCUCUAGCGCCUCCGCCUCUGGCGCAUGCACUGCUGCAGAGGAAGGCCCAUCAUGCUCCAACCCUGAAGAAGCCAAACCAGACGAAGACACCGGGGGAGUGUCCUCGACGAACUCGAAUGACCAAGAUAAAGAUGUCAAUGGAGAGGUUUCAACAAGCGACUCAGCAAAAGAGACCAUGGAAGUAGACAAAUCCACAGCUCCCGACAGCUCUGCCGACAACUGCACACAGCCCAACCAGAGCGAGGACGCCAAGCCCAGCAACGGCGCUGAUGUUUGCAACGGAGAGGUCCCGGAUUCCAAGCAGGGGGAUGGAGAAGAGAGUAAUAUUACAUCUUCGAAUGGAUCCACGUCGCCGCAAAAGGGGAAGAAUAAAGCCAAAUUGUCACCCGUUUCAAGCACAGACAAAGUCCCCGAGAGGCCUAAGAAGGCCAAGCUGCGCCGCGCCGCCGCCGCCGUCUACGAAAGCCUAAUGCGGCAGGCCGCGGAGGAAGACGACGAGGAAAGCGACUCCAAUGACGAAACCUUCGAGGGCGGGGAGGUCAACUCUUCUGAUGAGGAGAAUGUCAAUGGUGUUGAGGAAUCUUCUAAUGAAGGCGAAGAGGAGGAAGAGGACGAGGAGGAUUACGACGCAGAAUCCAGUGACGAAGAUGUGGAGGAGGAUCUCUCCAUGACGGAGGAGCCCGGCAACGACAGCGGCUGCACUGCUGUGGUGGCGUUACUCAAAGGUAAUGAGCUGUACGUCGCGAACGCUGGAGACUCCCGCUGCAUCAUCUGCAGAGAAGGCAAAGCCAUCGACAUGUCCAUAGAUCACAAACCCGAAGACGCUCCCGAACUGGAGCGAAUCACAAAAGCGGGCGGCAAAGUCUCCAACGACGGUCGCAUCAAUGGCGGCCUCAACCUCUCCAGGGCCAUCGGCGACCACUCUUACAAGCAGAACAAGGAUUUAGACGCCAAAGAGCAAAUGAUCACGGCCCUACCAGACGUCAAAACGUUAACCAUCGACCCCGCCAAGGAUCAAUUUAUGGUUCUGGCUUGCGACGGAAUAUGGAACUUCAUGUCUAGUCAAGAUGUAUGCGAUUUCAUUCUGCCGAGGUUGGCGGAAGGGAGGGAGCGGUUAUCUCAAAUUUGUGAAGAGAUGUUCGACCACUGCCUGGCGCCGGGCACGAUGGGCGACGGCACGGGCUGCGACAACAUGACGGCCGUCAUCGUGCGCUUCAAGGAGGCGCCGCCGGCCGAGGGCCGCAAGCGCGCCGCCGACGCCGAGCCGCAGCCCGACUGCAAGCGCCAGAAGACCGACGACAGCGAGCAAGUCACGUCCAGUGUCUAACACAGUGUUCGGCCCACACAUAGUAUUGUGAUAUUGUUUCAUUGAGACUGUAAAGUGAAGGAAUGCCUUUUGAAAGGCCUGUUGCUAUUUAAUUUCUUAUGUUUAGAUGAUAUUAGUCUUCUUGUAGACUUCAAUUUAAUCAAGCUUUAGUUUGGGAUUAUUGAGUGGUUAGUUUCCCAAAAUUCUAUUCCAAUAUGGUUUUCCCAAAUCAUCCUUCCGCCAAAAACUUAUCUGAUGAGCCAUGUUUUUCAUGGCAUGGUUACAAAUAACCUGUUCUCGUGAGAUCCUUACCCCGAAAUAUUUGUUAUUCAUAUUGUCCAUUAUCCGAAUCACCCAUGCUCUAAAUAUCCUAAUGCUAAAAAACCCUAUAGCACAAACUUCCUCAGCUGUCACAUUCCGGGUUCUAAUCGAGGCCAGACGACCACUAAAAUGAUAUAGUCCCUUAUAAAAUCGUUUAACGAGGGUGGCAGGAACGGGUUUCUUAUUAAAAUUAUAUUUUGAGAAAGACUGUCUGGGAAACGAAUUAGGAAAAGGAUAAAAAAAAUCAUAAUAUCAGGAUUGAACGUUUUGGGAACAGGAAAAUUAUAUGUCUGAAAAGUUUUAUCUGGGAAUUGAUAAUUGUGGGAAAUGGGUAUGAAACGUUAAUGACGGAAACGGACGUUUUGGGAUCGAUUAUAUUGGGAAACUGAUGACUCGACCCAAAAAGGUAAUUUCGGUUUCAUGCUCCCUCUAAAUGUAGAGCUCAUCCGGUGCUUGUUAUGGGAUUAAAGUAAGCAAAAAGUGUCAAUUUUCCUUUUCUUGAGUAAUACAUAUUUAGUUUUCUUAAAUGAGAGGGAGUGAAUUCAGAUCUUAAUCCGCAUCUUUUUGACAUUUACAAGUAGCUUGUAAGCAGCUAAUGUAAGUUAAAAUAGUGAUUCAAUCUACGAUUUAAUAUUUGUAUUCAUUUUUGGAUGAAUAUUUAUUACGUACAUACUUUUUUCACAAGGAUUAUUUGGUUGCUAGAAGAGGCAAGUUUUUAAUGUUAUAGACAAUGGUAAUUUAAAUAGAUUGACAUGAUCGGGGACUUUCCUUAUAAUGUAUUCAUUAAAAAUGUAACUGACCAUGCUGAUCAGGAGUAUGUAAAGUAUUGUUAGAAGAAACAAAAUUAUGUUCAUGGUUUGGUGUUUGGAUAGUAAAUUGUGGAUUGGAAUGAAAUGUUGAUUGAAAUCAAUCGUAAUCUAAUUCAAUUGCCUUUGUUAAUUGCUUUAUAUAAUAAGUAGUAUAUUUUUGUAAUCACAGGUGUUUAUAAACAACAUUUAGGCACUAUGUAAGGUUAGUUGGUGUACGAUUUAUUCCAUACGAUGUAUAAUUAAAAUGUUCUGCCUUAAUUCAUUUCAGUAGCCUGGUGUUUGGCUUGACUGACUUAAUUACUUUUCGAUAAUCAUGGGUUAAUAUUCAAUCAAAUACAUCGUACCAUGAAAGACUGUUUAAUUAACUUAUGAAGCAGGAUUAAAUACUUAUGUUCAAUAGCUCCAUUUAUACUACAUUAAUAUCAUUUCACGUGUGUUUCGAAGAAAAUACAUUUUUACAGACUG